AUGGUUACCCGGUUGCCAACUCAUUUGGAUGCAGUUAUUCCUCCUCCUCCUCCUCCUUCAUUGCAGACGCAGGAGGUCCAUGUAUCCACCCUGCUGAAACCGUGGCGGGGGAUUUUCCUGGUCAGUGGUACCCGUGCUAGCGACAUCUCUAGCAAUGUGGAAAUUAGAGUAACUGGUGUAGAAACCGAUGGCGACAUCAAAAGUCAUAUCUGGCCUCCUCGCAUCGUCUUCUCUAUCACCGUACCUCAUGCUCUUCCAAUUCUUUCCCAAUUGCGAGAUUAUAUGAAAAACCGGUUUCCCCCGAUCCCUUUGACGACGUUUCUCCCGGAGCGCCUGCGGGAUCCUGACCGCAACGUGGUCAAUCAAACACAUUUUCACUCUUUGUCCCGCUUACUAUGGGAUAGCCAAUCUGUGGCUGUUGUACCUAUCUCCCCAUCUGAUUUCACCACAUCUGUAACAUUUUCUCAGGGAACUGCGCGACAGGGAAUGCUCAUUUACCCAGCCGCAAAUUCAACAUCACUCUUGAUUGGGGCCAUCUUUUUAACUCCCGAGGACACCUUUCCAGAUUUCGUUUUAUCUGCACGUGCAAUGCCAUUCAAUAACACCUUUUCUGAGAUUCCGCCUCAAGACCUCGCGAGCAGGUACAAUGCAUUUACUGGUGAAGACACGAGUUCAGUUCCUAUCUCCCCGACUGUCAUUCACUCUCAGUCGCGACAAGAUUCCCAGCGUAGAGCCAGUCCGCGGUCGUACUCGUCGUUACGAGUACCCUCUGUCCGGAUAUCAUCAUCAUACAGGCAUAAUCCUGUGCCUUUCGACACACUGCAAGGACAUCAGCUUCCUUUUCCGGAAACACGUCUUUCUUUCAUUGCACCGAUAACCAAUAUAGGUUCGGGAGGAGCUGCUGCUUCCUUGCACUAUGGAGCCGAUAAUAGCGACGACAAUGACCCCGCACUGACUCAUCCACGAAAUGUGCCUUCUUAUUCCGCCCAGUCUCAUUCGUCUCUCGAACGUCAGCCUGUUUUGCACAGUCGCAAUACGUCUGGAGAAAGCUCUCGCUCGAGAUACAACGAACAUGGUUCACCGGAGGACAAUCCUCCGUCUGAUAGUCCUCAGCUGUCUGAAUCUGAUCAGCAAGAGAAAGAGUUAAUUGCUGCAUCAAUUUUCAAUCCUUUUGAUCUCACGACUAGAACGCGCAGUCAUUAA